AUGAAAAACAGAAGAAUAAAAGUUGAGGGGUUUGUAUUCUUGAAUAUGCAAAUGGAGAGUAAGAAGAGGAGCAGGGUUUGUGUCACCGGAGGUGGUGGUUAUAUUGGAUCAGCCCUGGUUCACUCACUUCUACAAUGUGGCUACACUGUCCAUGCUACUCUUAGAAACCUUGGUGAUGAAUCCAAGGUGGGGCUUUUGAGAGGUUUCCCAUACGCUGAAGACGAGCUUCAUUUGUUUGAAGCUAAUAUGUACAAACCAGAAGAGUUUGAAGAAGCAAUACAAGGUUGUGUCUUUGUUUUCCAUGUUGCAACCCCUUUGUUACACACUACUGGCUACAAGUACAAUGAUAUGGUUGAAGCAACAAUUAGUGCAGCGAAGGAGAUCGCAGAUAUUUGCAUACGAUCAAGGACAGUGAAGCGUCUCAUCUACACUGCCUCAGUUGUCGCAGCCUCACCAUUGAAAGAUAAUGGGAGUGGUUAUAAUAUCACCAUAGAUGAAAGUUGUUGGACACCCCUUCAUCUCAAUGUCCCUUACAACAAUAAUUACAGAAAGGACUACACAGAAUCGAAAACAAAAGCCGAGCAAGUGAUCUUGAAAAUUGGGGAAGAGAAAGCAAGUGAACUGGAGGUGGUGACAUUAGGUUGUCGGCUGGUGGGAGGGAGAGGUCAUCUACCAUAUGCUCCAGACAGUUUGUUGGUGUUGAUAUCUCAAAUUAUCAAUCAUUCAACUCAUUACGAGUCACUAAAGUACUUAGAAGAAUUGUUAGGAAAAAUCCCGAUUGUGCAUAUUGAGGACACUUGUCGAGCACAUAUCUUUUCUGCUGAGACUCCAUCGGUUAAUGGAAGAUUCUUAUGUGCUAGCUCUUACAUAUCAACUGCAGAAAUCGCCAAGUAUUUUCAGGAAAACUACCCACAGUUCCAUUUGAAACAAGAGUACUUUGAAGAACAGAUGAGAGAUACCAAAUGGGGCUCGCACAAGCUCGAAGAUUAUGGUUUUGGUUACAAGUACAAUAUGAAGACGAUCUUAGAUGAUAGUCUCAAAUGUGCAAGUGUCUCGAAGACACUCCAGUCAAUGUCAAAUUAA